AGCAUCUUCAGCACCGAUUAACGGACUAACGGACCUAACGGAACCGCUCCGGUACCGGAUCUAACCGAACGGAUCUUUACAGAACCAGCAUGCUUCUGGAGCGCGAGGACAGCUUCAUGUCAGAGUUUGAGGACGCGUGCAGCGCCUGGGUGGACAGUGUGGGCUCGAGCCCGAGCGACGGAGGGGACUCUGAGGCGGGAUCACCUUUCAGUCAAGGUGUGUGUGCGUGUGCGUGUGCGUGAGAGAGCCAAUCAGAGAUCAAUGAGAGAGGUGAUCAGGUUAUUGGAGAUGAGAGAGUGUGUGUGUGAGUGAGAGUGCGUGUGAUCGUGCAUGUGUAGAUGAUCAGGCUUCAUAUUGAUCAGCUGUGUGUGUGCGUGCGUGUGUGUGUGUGUGUGUGCGUGUGUGUGUAGGUUGCUGAGCUCAGAUUAUGCAAUGACACUAACACCUCCUCCUCUCUCUCUCUCCUCUCUCUCUCCUCCUCCUCCUCCUCCUCCUCCUCCUCAGUCUUCUCCCCCGGAGCUGACGCCUCUGACUCAGAUUUCUUCUCCGACUUCAGUGACUGCUCCUCGGACACCCUCUCUCCCUCCCUCGGUUACUCCGGCAGCUUCUUCACGGAACCGGACCCGGUACCUGCAGCCGCGGGUCUGAGCAGCACCGCGGACGCCAUCCUCAACAUGAUCACGGAGAUCGUGGGGAUCUGCACCGAGAUGGAGCAGCAGGGAGACACCGGCUCUCUGCGGGAGGCCAGCCCGUCCUCCGCAGCGCCCUCGCCGGCCGCAGCCUCCUCCUCCCCCGCCCCGCUUUUCAAUCCAUCCCCGAGUCCGAACUCCGAGCUGAGCGUCCCAUCAGGGGCCGCGGACCCGCAGCUGCCCCCCGCCUCUCACCCGGUGGUGGUGGUGAAGAGUGAGUUCCUGAGCUCCAGCUGCAGCAGCGGGUGUGGGCAGCCCUCCGUGUCCGGCGGUGAGGCUCUGUUCCCGGGCUGCAGUGACUCUCUCCUCCCGCUCUCCGCUCUGGAGCCACAGGUGGAUGUCUCCGACUUCAUCGACUCUCUGCUGAGCUCCGAGGCCGGCCAGGGCGAGCUGAAGGCCGGCUGUGAGGUGAAGCAGGAGCCGCUGGGUCUGGAGGAGUGGCUGAAGAGUCUGGCUGCAGCUGCCGGUCCCGGUACCGGAGGCGAUCCCGGCAGCUACGUCAUCAGCAGACCGGCGGUGAAGACGGAGCUCGUGCAGAGCUUCUCCCCAGCCCCCCUCCCCCUCCCCUCCACCCUGGACGCGCAGCUCCUCUCCUCGCUCCUGCAGGGCGCGUUCCCGGUGGUCAACAUCAGCAACGUGCACGCCGCCGGAGCCCCCAAACUGUCACGCGGGGGCCGGAGAGCCUCCGCCAAGAGCGGGCUGAAGGUGAAGCCGUUCCCGUGCUCGGUGCAGGGCUGCGAGCGCCGCUUCUCGCGCUCCGACGAGCUCAACAGGCACGUGCGCAUCCACACGGGACAGAAGCCCUUCCAGUGCGCGAUCUGCUCGCGCAGCUUCAGCCGAAGCGACCACCUGACCACGCACACGCGCACGCACACAGGUGAGAAGCCCUUCUCCUGCGACGUGUGCGGCAAGCGCUUCGCGCGCAGCGACGAGAGGAAGCGGCACGGGCGCGUGCACGUCAAGCAGCAGCUGCGCGCGCAGAUGAUGGCCGCGUACUCGCUGGCCCUGAACGCGCCCGGCGUGUGAGCGGAAGUGGACCGGGGCCGGUGAGGCCGCUGUGGAGUCAACUUCAGGAUUUAAAACCGUCAACCGGAAGCGUCGGAGUGACGUUUCAGCGUGACGUCACACUGGAGGUUUACCUGAGGCCUGGUGGGGGGGGCAGGUGUUUACAGGUGUUCAGAGGACUUUAAGGCGCGUGCACGCUCCUCUCUGCGUGUGUGGACUGUCCACCUGGAGGAUUGUGGGUAAAGUUUAGAGUUCAGGUCCAGGUGUGACCGUGGACCAGCUGGACCUGCUCACCUGUGGCUGUGGGUGUGUCCUCACCUGUGCAGGUGUGUUUAAAGGAGCAGUCCGUCAGGGUGGAGCAGCUUCUCCAUGUACAGUCGAUGGAUUCGUCGUUUUUCUGCAUGAAGACGUGAAGAAACUGUGAAUGUCGACGUCUGAAUGUGGUGACUCUGUUUUUGACCCUCAGAUAUUUUUAUCAUGUUUAUAUUUGACCUCCGCCGCCGCUAACGAAUAGGAGGAGGAGUAGGAGGAGUAGGAGGCGGGGUUUCUGUUUGUAAAAUAUCUCUAUUUUUCUAUCCGUCUACCUCUCCAUGUUCCACAGAGUAGAUUUGUAUUUGUGCCACGAUGUCACUUUUCUAUGAGCUGACUCUAUUUUUCAUUCUCAUGUUUUAUUGUGGUUGAGAAGCACAGGGACUGAUGCAUUGUGGGAUAUGCAGUUUUUGAACAGCAGCUCAGUGUCUGUGCAGGUUGAUGUUCCUCGAUGUGCAUGAGGCUGCUGUCAAUAAAGACGCAAAACAAACGAAAACGCAGAGUUUGAGAGUGAUUCCUGC